AUUUGUGGGGGUGAGGAGUGCCAAUAAUUCCUGUUCUACACUUAACAAAAGUCUUUUUAUGGGAGUCACAUGGAUCAUAAUGCUCACAGGUAAUAUAUUUUGAGCCCUUAUUACAUGUGCCUAACUCUGUCUGAGUGCUUUACAUGCGUUAUCUCAUUUACCUUGUCCAUCAUCUCUGUGAAGAUGCUGCCCUUGUCUCUAUCCUACAGAUGAGGACAGUUAGGUGGUGUGCAUUGUGCAAGCACUCUCAUCUGUGAGUGGUGGAGCCAGGCAUGUAUGGGUGCCAUCCAAUCAUAGAUCCCAUGCAUUUCACCAGUGGUUGUGUGAUCUGAUUGUGUCAUCUAAGAAACUCACUGGGGGUGGGUGUCAUUUGUCAUUAUAAUCACUCCUAAAAAAUCACCAAAGCAUUUAUGAUUUGCAACAAAACUUUUUAAGUACUGUUUGAAGGACAUGGAAGGGAACUCUGUAACCUCUUCUGUUCACUCCUUGCCUUCUAAUUGGAUGAAAGCAAGACUGUGACAUAAUUUCUCUCUUCUUUUCCAGGCCCUGAAGAAGUCCAGGCUCUUCUUCUUCAUUCCUGGACUUCAUAUUUUACAUAAUUUAGUUUUCCAGUUAACUGAAUUACUAGAUUUGAAAAGUCGACAUUUAAAUCAAAAUAUAAGAAAGCCCUCUAAAAUGCAUUACAUUUGAAUCAAUAUUAUUUGAAAAAGGAUGUUUUGCAUAAAGCAAACUUUUUCAUGACAUGCAACUACUUGGUUCUUAAAUGUAUUCUUGAUAAGAUUCUUCAGUCCCUCAGGUAUCAAUUUGUUCUUCACCACAACUUUUCACUGGAGCAUAAAUUCUACGGGAGUAUUGGAAAUGUCUGUUGUGUUUGCUAAUGUAUGCUGAGCACCCGCUACAUACUAUAUUAUUAAAGAGAUAUUUUUAAGACGAAGAAAGGAAGGAAAAAGUAAAAAGAAAGGGAGAAAGAAAAGAAUGAAUGAAUGAGUGGAGGAAUGAUUGGCAACUUCUACUUGCUAUUGUAUGUGCCACCCUCUAGGACUUUUUUAUUGUCCCAUAUCUUCCUAAAUCACUGAUUUUAAUUUGCUCCGAUCUGGAAGUUGGUGACCAAACAUAUUAACUCUGUACAUCAACUAAGAGUAAAAAAAGUACAGGGUGGGACUAAGGAACUCUCAGUGAAUAGACCUAGUAACUAGUCUGGAUUCAAUUUAUUAAUUAAAUUUUAUUAAUAUACAAUAUGUUAAUAUUAUAUAAUACAAUUUAAUUAAUGUAUAAUGCUAUCAUACAUUAAUCUCUGAAAUGGUUAUUAUUAGUGACACGAAUUCCAGAUAAAUGUUGCAUCACUCUAUGUUAUUAGGGCUAUUAAUAAUUGAUGGUUUUUCUUGGAAGAUUGCUUUCUGCUUGUAAACAUUAUCUUAAUUCUUUAUACAAAUUAUUGAAUAUAACUCUCAAAAUCCUCACAAAAUUGGUGCCGUCAUUAUUCUCCUUUUGUACAGAGUGAAAUGAUCCAAGCACCCAAAGUACAGACAUGGUGAUGAGGGAAGAACUGACGAUUAGUGUGCUCCAAGGCUGGUUCUGUUGGUGGUGUGCACAGUCUUUGUUCUUUCGGCUGUCAGGGUGACCAGACACUCAAAGGUUGCAUCAGGGUGAUCAGAGGAAGCACAGGCUGCUGUUCCCACACUUACGUAUAGGUUAGUGAGCAGCAUCUGAAGCAAUGCCCAUCACUGCUUUUUACAUGAGUGCUGCAUCCUGCUGUUUCAUUGCUUGGUAUGUAAUUGGAUCUUUUCAAAACACUAAGGCCUGAGUAAGACUUUGAAGAGUGAAUAGGGUUUGGAAGAUUAUGAACAGACAAAGGAACAUCCCAUUAAAGAAAAGGCAAGAAUAUCUGCUUAACUCUAAUCAGUAUGAGUUUAAAAUUCUUAAUCGCAUCAAGAGAAUACUCCAUCUAAAAGCAGAAGGAAAGCUUUCCUUUUGUAGUAUGAUUUAGAUGCUAAAGAUAUAGUCUCAAAACAAGCCUUCUUCUUGCUCUUACUUGUGCCUUCAGUUUCCAACCCUGUGGAAUAUAUAGUAUAUGAUUGUGUCUUCAGGGGAGUAGAUGGUUUCAUGAGAAGUAGGUGACCUGAAAAAUGAGUGUGAUAAAAACAAACUUCACCGUGACUGAAUUUGUGUUCCUGGGGCUGUCAUCACAGCCAAAGGUGCAGCUCAUUCUUUUUAUUAUCUUCUUGUUCUUCUAUUUAUUAACAGUGGCUGGGAAUAUUAUCAUUAUCACUAUUAUCCAGAUAGAACCUCAUCUCCAAACUCCCAUGUACUUUUUUCUCACUAAUUUAUCCUUUCUGGAUAUCUGCUACACAUCCACCAAUGUCCCACAAAUGCUGUCCAACAUGGUGGGAAAAGAGAAGACCAUCUCUUUCUCCAGGUGUGCUGCUCAAAUGUACUUCUCCUUGUCCUUUGGAAUGAUUGAGUGUGUUCUCCUUGGUGUCAUGGCUUAUGACAGAUAUGUAGCCAUUUGUCACCCUCUUCAUUAUACUAUCAUUAUGAAUCAAAACACCUGUGUCCAACUGGCCGCCAUUUCUUGGUCCAGUAGCUUUCUGAGCUCCAUGAUUAUCAAUGUCCUCACUUUGAGUUUGCCCUACUGUGGGCCCAAUGUCUUGAAUCACUUUUUUUGUGAGGUACCCUCUGUCCUGAGGUUGGCUUGCACUGACACCUCAUUCACUGAGAUGGUCGUUUUCAUCUUCAGUAUCAUCAUCGUCUUCAUUCCUUUUCUCCUCAUUGUUGUUUCCUAUGCCCAGAUUCUUCUGUCAGUUCUCAGGAUGCGGUCAGCCUCUGGGAGGCACAAGGCACUGUCCACCUGUGCCUCCCACCUGACAGUGGUGGCCUUAUUCUACGGGACUGCCAUCUUCAUGUACAUGAGACCUCAGUCGAAGUCCUCCAGGGCUGGGGGUAAGAUCAUUGCAGUGUUCUACACUGUGGUCACACCCAUGCUCAACCCCUUGAUCUAUAGCCUCCGGAACCAGGAUGUGAAAGGUGCUUUAAGGAGAGCUAUGGCAAAACAAAAACCGUGAGAGCUCUGAGUGAGACACUAGGGUUAACUGUUUACCUAAGAUAAUUGGCUUCUGAAUAGGAAGUGAAGGAGUAAAACAUAGCUUGGAUACUUAACAUCUUUUCUGCUCUACAUAAAAGCCACAUAAAUCCAGCUGCAGACUCUAGAGGAAUCAUGUCUUCUCCAAGGACAAACCACAGUUUAAUGUGUCAGAGCAAUUCCCUCCAUUGUGUGAUGACUAUUUCCUCACUCCUUGAAAAAAAUCUUGAUUCCUUAAAACCAUAAGCUAUCUGAUAUUUAUUGCUAAAAAUUACAUCAGUAAGGUGAGAGAUCUGCCUGGAACAUCAAAAGCACAUUGAUAUAGAGAGGCAUUCUUAAUUUCCAACUCAUACAGAACUUUAAGGAAAGGGAUUUGGGUGCAGCAUUUCAUUUUUGUCCUAAUUGCAUAGUUUUCAAGGAAACAAGACCCUGAAUCUACUUUGUGCUUUAGACUUUUAUUAAAAUAUUGCUUCAUUUAAAUUUCAACUGAACUCUACCCUUCCUGUACAUCCUGGUGUAUGGUAUCCCUUUUGAAAUGGGUAAAUAAACUCGACUUUGUUUAACUACAGUUUUGUUCUUGGUGGUCUUAGGUUCAUUGUGUGGAUGGGAGACAAGAGUGAUCAGAAGCAGAAG